AGGGAGGAGUGAAGACAGAACAGUUUCACAACACUCACACAGGCCAGGAUUGGUGCUGCUGUCGGGUGAGGAACGGUCUGUAGGUGAGAGCUGUUGGCGUGACACGCUCAGGGCUCUGCUGAAUCAUGUUUGCCCGUCGCCUGCCCUGGUGGAGAUCCAGUGCCACCAUCCAGCCCUGGCAGUCGGGUCACCUUCUGCCUCGCACCAGGGACAGGUGCCAAACACCGAGUGUUAAAGGAAUCAGCACGACCGGGGGGCAGGAGCAGCCGGUCAGCGCGCAGCAGAAACAAGUGUUAGAAGAUCUGGAAAUGCCCCUUGUGAGGAGAUCAACGGAGACCCUCUUCCAAGAGCAGCCCAAGACUGGGAACCCGUACUUGGAGGAUACUUUGCUUCGGAGUUACUUGAAAACUCACCUUCCUCCCAAGGUACUGGAGGAGGUACAUCAGGACCUGGAGAGAUUUGGAAACCGCCUGCUAACCAAGAUCCAACCCCUGGGAUGGGAGUGCGAGUUGAACCCCCCGGUGUUCCGGCAGUUCGACGCCUGGGGACAGCGCGUGGAUCGCAUCGACACCUGCUCGGCCUGGAGGAGGAUGAAGGAGAUCUCGGCAGAAGAGGGGCUGAUUGCUGAGGCCUAUGAGAGAAAAUACUCCAACUGGAGCCGCCUGUACCAGGCUGUCAAACUGUACUUGUUCUCAACCUCCUCUGGAGGUUUCAGCUGUCCACUGGCCAUGACUGAUGGGGCAGCCAAAGUCAUUGAGUCGCUGGGUACUCCCGGGUCUCUGAAAAGCGCUUUUGACCGUCUGACAUCCCGUGACCCCAAGAAGUUCUGGACCUCUGGCCAGUGGAUGACGGAGCGCAGGGGCGGCUCGGAUGUUGCGAACGGCACCGAGACCGUGGCCAGGAGGCAGCCGGAUGGUUCCUUUUGUCUCUAUGGAUUUAAGUGGUUUACAUCAGCUGCUGACUCUGAUAUGGCAUUAACCCUGGCCAGGAUAGCAGAUGCUGAAGGACAGUGUCCCCAGGGUUCCAGGGGCCUGUCCCUGUUCUUCCUGAGGGUUCGAGACGAGGAAGGGAAGCUGAACAACAUCCAGGUGCAGCGGCUCAAAGACAAGCUGGGCACCAGACAAAUGGCAACGGCAGAGCUGUGGCUGCAGGGAGCCAGAGCAGAGCUGAUCUCUGCAGAGGGUCGUGGAGUGGCCUCCAUCUCCAACAUGCUGAACAUCACUCGGAUCCACAAUGUCAUUGGUGCAGUAGCUUCCAUGAGAAGGAUGAUCAGUCUGAGCAGGGAGUACGCCCGCAGGAGGGUCGCCUUUGGGAAGCUCCUCAAGGACCAUCCCCUACACAUGCAGACCAUAGCCCGGAUGGAGGUGCAGGCGCGAGGGGCGUUUCUGCUGCUCAUGGAGGUCGCUCGCCUGCUCGGCCUGGCAGAAACCAACCUGGCAAGUGAGCAGGACCAGCUGCUCCUGAGACUGCUGGUCCCUGUGGCCAAACUGUACACGGGGAAGCAGGCUACUGCUGUGGCUGUGGAGGCCAUGGAGAGCUUUGGGGGCCAAGGUUACAUGGAGGACACGGGUGUGCCAGUCAUCCUCCGGGAUACUCUGGUUCUGUCCAUAUGGGAGGGAACAACCAACAUCCUGUCCCUCGAUGUCCUGCGGUCCCUUGCCAAGAGCCAAGGACGGGUGAUGGCCGUGUUCCUGUCCACAGUGCAGGAAAAGCUGGAGCUGGUGUCGGGCACUGCUGAGCUGGCCCUGGCCGGGCAGCGGCUGCGGGGGGCCCUGGGCAGCCUCGCACAGUUCCUGGAGAAAGCGGGACCAGAGCCCGCCCUGACCAUGGAGCUGGCAGCCAGAGACUUCUCCUACAGCCUGGCACGGAUCUACACAGGAGCUCUUCUGAUGGAGCACGCAGCCCGGCCUGGGGCCUCCUCCACAGACACCUGCGCUGCCCUCAGGUGGUGCAACCAGGAGCUGUGUCCGGUGGCUGCAGAGUCGGGGUCCGGCAGUUACAGGGCCGGGGCAGCACUGCAGGACAGUGCCCUGGUGUAUGGGGACAGUGCCCUGGUGUAUGGGGACAGUGCCCUGGGGCACGGGGACAGCACCCUGGGGCAUGGGGGCAGCCGGCUGUGAGGCCCCACAGCCCCACCACACACAGAAGACACAGCCCUGGGAGUCGCUCCAAGAUGCUGGAAUGUUCUCACCAUGAUUUAGUCAAAGCCCAAGUGAUCAAAUGCAGACAAUGACUGGAAGCAGCAGCUCUUCAACUGCCAAUGGUGUUCUUUUUGAAGAAGACCAACCAAAACCAAACUCAAAACUAUCUGAAGGUUAUUAAACACAGAAAACCACCAUUUUUCCCUGUUCACCUUCUUGCUUUCUAGGGCUAACCAUGGGCUUCCACCCUGGCACCUGCCCAGGGUGGGGUUUGCUCCCAGGUCACCCACCAUGACUCCAAGGGUCAGACAGCCCUUCCUACCUUGACCUCCUCAGGAACUGCUGCUUUCUGAAGAAAAGAGAGAUUUUAAUUCUCUGUGGCCUCCAGAAAGUUGAUUUAUUCCCUGUGCACGUGUCCCAGUGAUGCUGCAAUCCAUCCUGACAUAAAUUCUACAUUAAGCUGUGGAUUGAAAUCCAGUAACUCUCCACCUAAAUGCUGACUGUGUGCUUCUCCUCCCUCAGCCUGCCAGUUGACCUGCUUGGGAUUGCCCUGAUGACUACAAAUUUUUAAUUAAAAGGUUGCUAAUAACAGAAGAAAAGCACUAGUAGGCCAAAGACAGCUGGAAUUUAUAGCUGGGAAGUGCUACAGCAGCCAGGAGACUGAGUGGGAAGAGGGGGAAGGAGCUGUUUGCUGAGCGUGGAGCUGUCCAGCAUUUCCCUGAGGCCAAACCGGCAGAUCCAGGACACAAGUGACAAACGCUGCCUCCAGGGAGGAGCAGAGGGGAGCAGUUCCAGUGGGAUGCAGCAAGGGAGGCUCCGUGGGCUCUCUGUGUCCUGGCACGGGGAUCCCAGGCUGAGCCAGGCAGAGCUUCCCUGAAACCACACAAAUCCCAUUAACCAGUCCCAGCACCAAAAGGCUUCCUUUGUAUGUGCAUUGAAGGGACAAAGAGUAUUUGGGCUUGAAAAGCCCCCGACAGUGUAGAACCAUGGAAUGGUUUGGGUGGGAAGGGACUUUAAAGCCCAUCUCAUUCCACUCCCUGCCAUGGGCAGGGACACCUCCCACUAGCCCAGGUUGCUCCUCAUAUAUGAGCUAUAAUUUGCCUAAAAAUAAGCCCCACAAACUGGGAGCUCUGCAGAUGCCCCGACACAGAGAACAAGGGACUGUGAAAUCAUCACUGUGCAGGAAAAUGAGAAAUUUAUUAAGAGCUAAACAUUCACUCUGAGGCUGAGGAACUGCUGUUACACACAGGUGAGCACGAGGGUCUGACAUGUCCCACUGCUGCUGAACAGCUCUGCCCUUGGAGCUUUGCAUGAUUUCAAACAUUUCAUGUGCUUCAAGUAGUUAAUCGAGAUUUCAGAUGUCAUUUUAGUACAAAUCCCACCAAAAAUAAAAGGUACAAUCAAACUCA